GACCAAUAGCAGAAACGGUCACUGGGAGUUUUGCGCAUGCCCUGUAGUGUGAACUUUUCAUGUGUGUGUAACGUCGCGAGUCCGGUGGAGGUCAUACUGUAUCUGCAAGGCUUUAGGGCUGAUUAUUCCGUGCCAUGGCGAAAUUGUUCGAGUCCAUUGGAAAAUUAGGGCUGGCCCUAGCCGUCGGUGGAGGUGUGGUGAACUCCGCUCUUUUCAAUGUCGAUGCGGGUCACAGGGCUGUCAUCUUUGACCGUUUUCGGGGGGUGCAGGAGGCCGUGAUGGGGGAGGGGACACAUUUUGUGAUCCCUUGGGUCCAGAAGCCAAUCAUCUUCGACUGCAGGUCCCGUCCCCGUAAUGUCCCUGUCAUCACUGGUAGCAAAGAUUUGCAGAACGUGAACAUCACCCUGAGGAUUCUGUUCCGGCCAGUGGCCAACCAGCUCCCUCGCAUCUUCAUGAGCAUCGGCGAGGACUACGACGAGAGGGUGCUGCCCUCCAUCACCACUGAAGUGCUCAAGGCCGUCGUGGCCCGGUUUGAUGCAGGGGAGCUGAUCACACAGAGAGAGUUGGUGUCAAGGCAAGUCAGUGAAGACCUCACGGAGCGCGCAUCCACAUUUGGCCUUAUUCUGGACGAUGUGUCUCUGACGCACUUAACAUUCGGUAAGGAGUUUACAGAGGCUGUGGAGAUGAAGCAGGUGGCACAGCAGGAAGCAGAGAGAGCCCGCUUUGUUGUAGAGAAGGCGGAGCAGCAGAAGCAGGCGGCCAUCAUCUCGGCGGAGGGCGACUCCCAGGCCGCCCUGCUGAUCGCCAACUCGCUGAUGGAGGCCGGAGACGGCCUGGUGGAGCUGCGCAAGCUGGAGGCGGCCGAGGACAUCGCCUUCCAGCUCAGCCGCUCCCGCAACGUCACCUACCUGCCCUCGGGCCAGGGCACGCUACUGCAGCUGCCCCAGUGAGGGCGCCGCUGACACACCCACACACCCGCACCCAUACACACACAGACGGUGAUGGAUAGCCUGGGUUCAUUAGUUAUUAUAAUCCAGUGCCGCGUAUUCCAAAUCAGCAGUUUUUUUACCUGUCCGGUUCAACCUUGUGAUCAUUAAACCAGGCAUUCACCUGGUUGAAUUGGACAAAUAAAACCAAGUCAUGUGGAAUAUGUGGCACUGGGUUGUAACUGAUGAAUUCAGGGUGCCCUUCACUGUUCACAAAUAUGUACAAACACACACACACACACGCACACCAAGUAAUGGACAUAACUACAGACUGACACAUAGACUGUGAUCAGACUCUGAAAGGACUUACCAAUCUCAGAACCCAAAAAUGCAAACGUGAUUGUGUCUUUUACUUUUUGUCUGUCUCCGUCUCUCUUGCUCCCUUCCUGGUAGCACUUCAUGGUCUCUUGGGUAAUGUAGAAGGUCUUCAGCUCGUGGUUGGGGAGCAACAGAGGUGGAAUUUGUGCGUGCGUCUGAAUGUGUGUGUGUGUGAUGCUACUCAACUUUCUUGGUGCAUCUUUAUCUCACUUUAGCAGAUGUUCCAGAAGGAAAAUAAUGUUUUACUGGGCACACACAUGCACACAAGCACCAAAACACUUGUAUUCUCUACUAAAGCAGUGUCAAUGUGCUUACACAUGUGCGAGAGCAGACUGAGCUGUGUUGUAUGGGGGUAGUUGGCAAGAAGUGCUUAUUAAAAACGAAAAUAAAUGCUACCAGAUAUUCAAACCCAUCAGAAAUCAUAGCUACUUUUGUUACCUCUUUAGUUUAAAGAAAUUAUUUUUAAUUUCAUUUUGUGUGUGAAUUCUACAUUAACCCCCGUCAUCAGAUAACUCAUAGUCGAAGUAUCAGAUCACUGGUACUGAAAAUGCGAUUGGCUUAAUGGCUUUAUGAAGUAUGCGGCACUUGAAACAGAUAUUUAAGGAAUUAUAUGUCUCUGAAAUGAUUACAGAUUAAUAUGAAAAGAUGGCGGCAAAGUGUCUUAUGUUUGGCCAUGGUGUGAAAUGAGAAGUGCAACAGUGCUUAGCCAGCAUCUCCAAGCCUCAGAUGUUCAAGGGGUAAAAUACCCAUCUUGUCAUGGUCGAAAAGUGACAGUGUGUUAAAUUCAGCUCAUUCAUGCUAACCAUCAAUGUUGAUUUUGUGUUGAGCGUUGUGUUCCACUGUGGCUGAUAUUGUUUUUGUAUAAGUUUGAGAGGUAAAUGUGUGAAGUCCUGCAUUCCGUGCCGAAAACUGAAAUUCAUUCAAUAAAAAUAUAUCAUAUUUGUA